AUGCGCCUGACCAACUCCCGGCCCUUGUUGAAUCCACCCUUGCCUGAGCGCGAGGCAGAUCCAAGCACCUUGGAAGAGAAGGAGGGAAGCGGGAUAGAGUCACCACCAUCCGAGAAGUCGGAAGAAACCCAAUGGACAAUGCCCAGGACUGGACUUUCGCUUCCGACACUGCCGUCCUCGUCCGACAUAUCAGGUUAUCUAUUGUCCAAAGCUCUGACAGCGGACGACAUCAAGCCACCAAAGGCCUUGUUACAUCGGGUCAACGGUAUGGGUGAAUUGGCAGAGGUUCUCUACAUUCUCCGACCAGUCAUCUAUGCUGCAGCAAUGCAUUACUGGGCAGCGAAGAACAAGAAGAGCUGGCAACCUUGGGUCUUGGGUGUCACGAUAGAGUAUGGCGCGCGCCAACUAGCCAAGAAGGACCUCCAAGAACGAAGGGCUGGUGGCCUCCGAGCAUUGACCGCACUCGAGAAAGAAGAGCUCAAGCGGAGAGGCUGGAGCCUUGGAUGGUGGCUCAUGAGAGGUGCAUUUUACGAGACCUUCACCAAGUAUGUUCACACCGCCUUGCCAUAUGGGACUCUGACUCUACUGACACGAAUGAAACAGANNGCGUGGAUUCACUCAGUGACCAACAAGCUUCGAAACAAACCACUGCUUGACAUGGCUGGUGGUAUCAUCGAAGAUUAUGAAUUCCUCUGGGACCAGUACUAUUUCCCUACCGCGACAUUGUAG